AUGUAGUAUAAGAUUCUUAUCUUAUUCUAUACGAUACCUAUAGGAAUCAUAAAUAAGAUCUGAUCUCUAGGGUAUAAUCAUGGGUGUUCUUAUAGACGAGUAAAUUAAUUGGGAAAGGAAAAUAUAUUAUUUUAAAGUUUCUUCACCACUCAAUAUCAUUCAUGGAACACGUGAUGAUAUAAAAGAUUAUGUAUGCUUUUAUUUUCGUCCUCAAACACCAAUACAAUUUAUAAAUGAAAAUUUAGGUCAAAUUGGAAAUUAUCCAAAAACAAUUUGGAAAUGAUUCCAUAUGUCCUAUUCCAAUAUUUAUAAAAAUUUCAUUAGAAGAUAUUUUUAAACAUAAUAAUAUUGAUUGGAAUAUUAGUCUUGGAAAUUUGACAAGAAAAACAACAGAAUAUGGUCAUACAAUGGAGAUAAUACGUCAAUUUGAUUUUAAUAAUGUUUAUUCAAUUACAAAAACUCCUAGAGAUUAUGUGAGUUGUCAACAAGAAUUUUUAAUUAAAUCAGAAUUAUCAUUGGAUAUUAUAGAAAAUAUUGAAAUUAUUUGUCAAGAUAUUGCAACAGUUGAAUGUCUUAAAUCUAUGUUAGAUAAUGAUAAUCAAUUUAAAACAAAAAUCAAAUAUAGUGAACAAUUAUCUAAAAGUUUAUAUUUAAAUAAAAAUCCUAAAUUUGUUCUUAGACCAUCGAAUGAAAAUCAAUAUUUAUUAAAAUUACGUAUGCCAGAACAGAAAAAAUUUGAUAAAUUAAUUUUACAAUAUUCAAAUAAAAUUAAUUAUAAUUAUACAACAAAUAGUGAUGAUUUAAAUGAUUUUUCUCAAACAGAAAAUAUUGUUACAAUUUAUGGUGAUGAACAACUAAUGGUUUUGACUGAUAUAAAAAAUAUUAAUUAUGCCAUUUAUUAUGUACAUCAAGGACAAUUAUGGUUAAUACAAGCGAAUUAUAAAAAUCCUAAAUUUACAUUACCAAUUGUAAGACAAACAUUAAAAUCAAUAUUGGAGAAUACUGAAUUAAUUCCUAAUCCAAAUCAAAUAAUUGAUACAUUAAUGAUGUUUCCUUUCUUAGAAUUUUUAUAUAAUCAAAUGAUGAAUAAUUCUGAAAGUUUAAAACAAUAUACACUAAAAAUAAUAGAAAUAUUUCAAAAAUAUUUUUUGAAACAAAAUAGACUAGUAUCUCGAAGUUUUUAUAUGUUAUUGGCUAUUCAUGCUCUUGGAUUACCACAAGCAAAAUAUGAAAAUAAAAUACACGAACAUCAACGAUUUACCAUUAAACUCAUCGAUGAAAUAAGCGAUAUUAUUCCAAUUGCUGUAUCCAUCUUAGAACAAAUGAAAACAAUGAUCAAAUCAGACAAUAUUGAAAAAUUGGUAAAUGCCGGUUUAUCAGUAAAUAUGCCUGAACCUAAUGUAAAGAAAUUAUUGGAAACAUUAUACUCAAAUUUUGCAAAUCAUGAUUGUAAUCAAUAA